AUGUCUUCAGUAACAUUACCAGGGAUUGCUGCGACUGGUAUUUAUACGGGUAAAUACAAGGAUUGGUCACCAGAUACAAGACCGGCAGGAAAACUAACAGCAACAGGUGAUACAGCAUUAUCAUGUUUGAAACCUAAAGAUAAUAGGCCCCCAUCUGCGGAUGUUAUUCGACGAUUCAGGGCCACACUUAGACCAGAUGCUGGCCAGAUGAGAGUUUUCUAUGGAAAAGCAUCCGAUCCUCAUCGUCAAUGGGCAAAGGAUAUGUGUCAUGGUAUCAACACACAGUCAUCUGCUAAUGCAGGCGAGCUGGCAAAUCCUGAUCCAAAAACAUUGUUUCAGCAGAAAAAGUUGGACAGGAAAGAACUUAUCUAUGCCAGUCAUCUGAAAGCUCCUCUAGGAACUUCUCACAACCAAAUUCCAUGUUUGCCAAAGGGUCUGAAUAAAGAUGAAUUUACAUUUGGAAUUCCAACAGAAUUAGAUAUUGGUGCGGGUGGUCUUAUAAAUCCUAAUAAAACCUAUGCAGAAGUAGAGAAGGAAUCAGCUGUAGGACAUGAACUAUACAGAGACACUCACAGUGACUAUGAUGUUGGAGAACAGCACCACAGAAACUAUACUUCUACUGGGUUCAACGAAAAAUCAAAGUUUGGAAUUCCCACUCCUCACAGUAAUGAUGGAAGGAAAGUCCGCCAGACUCUUCGAUGGAUGUCACAGGCCCAGCAGGAAAAAGCUACCAAAAUUGUAUCAAAACGUGUUGAUGACUUCAGGGAAAGAACACAGCCCCAGCUAGGAACAGUUCAUGAUCCGAUUAAGGACACUCUGAAGGUUGCUCCUGAUCACACCUUCGGGAUUCUGGUCAAACCAGAUGAAUAUGGAGCAGGAGACCUACUACACAUGCGACCCCCAGGGACAUACUUGCGGGGUAAGGACCGACAAAGGGGUGUAAUGGCCGCUAUCAGACAACAUCUGAAGAAGGCUAACUAUCACAACUUCCACGACCUCCUGGCAGCCUUCAGACAUUAUGACAAGGAUGGAAGUGGUAAGAUCAAAAUGCAAGGUCUACGAGAAGCUUGUGCCCAAUAUCAUUUACCUGUAGAACCAGAAUUGCUUGAACAACUGAUGGACUAUUGUGACACUAACCGGGAUGGCUGUAUAGACUACCUAGAGUUUUCUAACUUCCUCAACUGGAAAGACAAAAUGCCAUCUGGUUUUGGGCCCAAAACAGAGACUCCUAAAACCCCGGUGACCCCAAAGUCUGCCCCCAGCCCCCAUGUAAGGACCCCUCACUCAGGAAGUGAAGUACAGGUUUCUCAAGAGGACCUCCACCAAAAGACCCCACAGAGUGCAGAAAGUACCCCACGUCGACUACAGAAACAGAUUGACAUGGCCAUCGGCAAUCAUCGCACUAGCUCUAGUAUGAUCAACGCAGUCAUUGGCGGUGUGGAUACCAGAGACUUUAGAAGAUAUGGUGUCCCAACAAUCCGAACAGACCUUCCAGGUCCUAGGAUCAGACGAGUUGAUGACCGGAAGAACUACGGAGAUGAGUCAGAUGCAUAUGGUUUGAUGAACCCCUCCAUUUUUAGCCGUAGAGGUGUGUUUGAGAAAGACUUCUUACUGCCCAGGACCCUGGAGGAGAUUAAAGAAAUCUUUACUAAUGUUGGGGUAAGGAUGACUGGAGAAAAUGUGGAGACAUUGUACCAGACAGCUGCCAAGCAGCAUCCCAAGGGCCAUGUCAGUGUGGAAUCCUUCCGAGGUGUCCUUGAUGAUGUACUUGCCAAUCAAGUCUUGGAAGGAAAGCAUCCACUCGCCAUCUAG